UUUGACACAUGAAAACAACGAGGUUUGUGUCAAACACACAUUGAAUAUUUCUUUUUAAACGCGCACGUGGAAAAAAAUUGUGGCUGAUAGUGAAGUGUUAAAGAAAAAAAAUAAAUUUUCAAUAAAAAAUCAGACAUAUUUUAUAAAAAAAUAUGUCUCAACUAUACGUUUUGUACGAACAUGCGGCUGGGUUCGCUUUGUUCUCCGUCAAGGAAUUCGAAGAGAUCUCCAUGUUUUUGCCACAAGUGGAGUCUUCGGUAACUGAGUUCGCCAAAUUCAAUUCACUGGUUAAAUUGGCUGGAUUUGCUCCCUUCAAGACAGCCAUUUCUGCUUUGGAAAAUAUCAACGCUAUUUCCGAAGGUAUUGUACCUCAAGAUUUGGUGGUAUUUUUGGAUGAUUUCUUCGCGAAACUGAAGAAAAAGAAGUGCACUUUGGGUAUUGCUGAUGCUAAAUUAGGUGCGGCCAUUACAGAAGCCAUUGGUGUACAGUGCAGUCAAACGGGUGUUGUGCCAGAAAUUAUUCGUGGUGUUCGUUUCCAUUUUCAUAAAUUAGUUAAAGGUUUCACCGAUAAAUCAGCUGGCAUUGCUCAAUUGGGUUUAGGUCACAGUUAUUCUCGUGCCAAGGUCAAGUUCAAUGUUCAUCGUUCCGAUAACAUGAUAAUUCAGUCCAUUGCCCUCUUGGAUCAAUUGGAUAAGGAUGUUAAUACGUUUUCUAUGCGUAUCAGAGAAUGGUACUCCUACCACUUCCCAGAGUUGGUCAAAAUUGUACCAGACAAUUAUAUGUUUGCCAAAUCUGCUAAAUUUAUUAAGGAUCGUAAAACUUUGACACAAGAUAAACUCGAAGAAUUGGAAGAAAUUGUUAUGGAUUCGGCCAAGGCGCAAGCUAUUAUUGAUGCUGGCAAAAUGUCAAUGGGUAUGGAUAUUUCAAUUGUCGAUCUUAUGAACAUUGAAAUGUUUGCUGAACGUGUGGUAAAACUCUCCGAAUACCGUAAGAAAUUGGGCACAUAUUUGCACAAUAAAAUGGAAUGUGUGGCUCCUAAUCUACAGUCAUUGAUUGGUGACCAAGUUGGUGCUCGCUUGAUAUCUCAUGCUGGCAGUUUAACAAAUUUGGCUAAAUAUCCAGCUUCCACUGUACAAAUUUUGGGAGCCGAAAAGGCUCUCUUCCGUGCCCUUAAAACUCGUUCCAAUACUCCCAAAUAUGGUCUACUCUACCAUUCCUCGUUCAUUGGUCGCGCUGGUUUGAAAAAUAAGGGUCGUAUCUCACGUUUCUUGGCCAACAAAUGUUCGAUAGCUUCACGUAUUGAUUGUUUCUUGGAACAGCCUACAUCGGUAUUUGGUGAGACUCUUAAACAACAGGUCGAAGAUCGUUUGAAGUUCUACGAAUCGGGUGAAGUUCCUCGCAAAAAUAUCGAAGUCAUGAAAGAGGCCAUCGAAACUGCUGCUAAAGAACAACCUAAGGAAUCCGAAUCCGGCAAAAAGAAGAAGGACAAGAAGAAUAAGAAACGCAAGCUAGAUGAAGCUAACGGCAAUGGCACAUCAGCCCAAGCAGAGGAGACUAAUUCGGAAGAAGUUGCACCACCUGCUGCCGCUGAAGAAAAUGGCGCUGAUGGUGAAUCCAAGAAGAAGAAGAAAAAGAAGAAGAACAAAAACAAGGAAUAAUUGUUUUUGCUAAAUUAUCAAUGCAAUCUAUUUUUCUUCAUUUUUUUAAUUUUUACUUAGAUUUAAGUUUAUCCCCCCAAUUACCUUACAAAACUACAAACAUUUUACUAUUGAAUUACAACUACUUUCUUAAACAAUAUGCGGCUUAUGUUGGCUUUAUAAUUUUUUCAUAUUGCUAAGCAUUUACAUGUUAGUUUUUAGAAUAAAAAUUAAAAUAAUACAUAAUAAAAAAAUUACAAAAACACAAA